AGUAACCGUGUUCAAGUCUCGCAUCCAAGACCUAACCUAUAAAUUCGACGUACGCAGACAAUGGGAUAAUUUUGAUUGGUACAUGACAACUGAGUUCGUAUAUUUCGCGCCAAAGUUUUCGAUAAUAUCUCUUGAGUAAACUCUCUAUCUCGUCUAUUUUCUCUAUACUUGACUUUCACUUUUUUUUGUUGAUUUUUAUUUUGUUAUUGUGUGAUUAUUUUCUGUGUCCUUUUGGAGUAUGUGUUGAGUGACUUGAGCUCUUUUUAAAGAUUUUUCUGAACAAAUUAGAGUCAAUCACAUUAACAGUGUUAAAGUGACAGUGCCUAAGUUUAACGUGCAUUAUAUCAACAUCAAAAAUGACAUUUUAGAAAAACUGAAGUAUUUCUUCUCAAACACAAGUUUCCCAUAUUUUUCUUCAUAUAAUAGUAUCCCAAAAAUCAUCACAAUCGAUUCCCAAAACGAAAUUAGCUACUCCUCAGGAGCCCCGAGCCCACCGGUAGCUGAAAAUGCAACUCCUUUUCCGGGUAGUUUUGACAGCCCUUCGCGGGGCAGUUCGAGCAGCCUGGCUAGCAGGAGUUCGCGUUUGAGGGGGCUCGGGGCGGCUAAAUGGAGUUACGAAAUGCUACCCAAUACGGAUCCUUCACCUCAAAUGCCAACGAAAGCAAGGGUCAACUUCCAUCCGGAAAUGUUAGAUAGGAGACCGAGUAGGUCGAUGUUUAUACCGAGAAGGAGUAGAAGCAUGAGCGCUUGGAGUGACAUUAGUAGAUCUAGUUGGAGAUUGGAAGAAAGGGUCCGCGUUGAAUACUAUGUCAAUGAAAAUACUUUUAAGGAACGACUGCAACUAUAUUUUAUCAAAAAUCAAAGAUCUAGUCUUAGAAUAAGAAUCGCCAACCUAUUCUUCAAGCUACUUACAUGUAUUCUAUAUAUAAUACGUGUGAUUAUAGACGACGAUCCUAUGAACGCAAAAUGUUAUGGUUGUCGGAUACGAAACAAAACCGAAUUCAUGAUAUCGGCCAAUUUAACAGAAGAAAAAUUUCAAGAAAAUCCAAUAAUAAAUUGGGACGCGAUUCUGUGGGUGAACCGCCCCCUCGAGCUUUACGUCGUUCAGGUUAUUUUGGCCAUAAUCAGUCUAUCAGAAGCUUUACUAUUGGCCUAUCUAGGAUAUAAGGGUAAUAUUUGGCAGCAGCUGAUGUCUUUCCAUUUCAUCUUAGAAAUUGUGAAUACCAUUCCUUUUACGUUAACACUUUUCUACCCGCCAUUAAGAAACUUAUUCAUACCAGUGUUUUUGAAUUGUUGGCUAGCCAAGCACGCUCUGGAAAAUAUGUUUAACGAUCUCCAUAGAGCUAUGCAGAAAUCUCAGUCGGCUCUAUCCCAACAGCUGACGAUACUUUCCGCGACCCUCAUCUGUUUAGUAUUCACCAGCGUUUGUGGGAUCCAACAUUGUCAACGAGCCGGUCAUAGGCAUCUGAACCUCUUCCAAGCCACUUAUUAUGUCGUCGUAACGUUCUCGACAGUUGGAUACGGGGAUUUUGUACCUGACAUCUGGCCCUCUCAGCUUUGGAUGGUCAUUAUGAUAUGCGUCGCCCUAAUCGUCCUUCCCACACAGUUCGAGCAAUUGGCGUUUACUUGGAUGGAACGACAAAAAUUGGGUGGUUCGUAUUCCUCACAUCGAGCACAAUCAGAAAAACACGUUGUUGUUUGUAGUACAACGUUGCACGCAGACACGAUAAUGGAUUUUUUGAACGAAUUUUAUGCUCAUCCACUUUUACAAGACUAUUACGUUGUUCUUUUGUCUCCGAUGGAACUCGAUACGACCAUGAGAAUGAUAUUGCAGGUACCUAUUUGGGCACAAAGGGUUAUAUACAUCCAAGGAUCUUGUCUUAAGGAUACAGAUUUGGCAAGAGCACGUAUGAAUGAAGCAGAGGCGUGUUUCAUUUUAGCCGCUAGGAAUUACGCCGAUAAAACAGCUGCGGAUGAGCACACGAUUUUACGAUCGUGGGCAGUGAAAGAUUUCGCUCCAAAUGUCGCCCAAUACGUUCAAAUUUUCCGACCCGAGAAUAAACUCCAUGUAAAGUUCGCAGAAUUCGUCGUCUGCGAAGAUGAAUUUAAAUAUGCUUUACUCGCUAAUAACUGCACCUGUCCCGGUGCUUCUACAUUGGUCACAUUGCUACUUCAUACUUCAAGGGGCCAAGAAGGCCAACAAUCUCAAGAGGAAUGGCAUCGUUUAUACGGACGAUGUUCCGGCAACGAAAUCUAUCACAUCAAAUUGGAGGAUAGUCGAUUCUUUGGAGAAUACGAAGGAAAAAGUUUUACUUACGCUAGUUUUCAUUCGCAUAGGAAAUAUGGCGUUGCUUUAGUGGGAGUUCGACCAGCACAACUUCCUGAAUUCUACGAAGAUACAAUCCUCCUCAAUCCCGGACCACGACAUAUUAUGAAAAAAGACGAUACUUGCUAUUACAUGAGCAUCACCAAAGAAGAAAAUUCUUCUUUCAGCGUCGCCAAUCAACAACCUACAUCCGGCGAAACAACCGCAUUACCUUCGAAAGAAGAGGACAAGACCAAUACAGUACCACCGGCUGCACCCAAAGACGGUACCACUCCUCCUCAACUCAUUCUGCAAGUCCCCACAUGUGUCACCACGUUUCCUGACAAUACAGUGACGAGUGACUCCCGACAAUGCCUCAAGGAAUCCUCACCAGGAUCUAUUACAUUCGACGUCUCCAUAACAGGUAACCAUCUAGAUAUUCCUAGAAGCGGCGGUGAGAAUCCUAACCUCCUAAGCCCCGAGAUGAUCAACCAGCGUCGAAAUUCUCGUAGACCCAGUAUUCUCCCUGUACCUGAUAUGUUCACCAGUAGUACUUUAAAUAUUGCUCAGGACGCCACUGACGAAGCUGACGAAAGCGAAGACGAACUCGAAGACGAUGUGCCUUGGAGAUCACCGAGUGAGAAAAUAGCGUCCAGUCUUACUCUAGAUGAUUCUGAAGAUUCAAGUCGACUCGCAUGGCAUGACGAAUGUAUUCGCAUCGUAAAAGGCUUCCCGCCGGUCUCCCCUUACAUCGGAGUGAGCCCGACGUUGUGUUAUCUCUUAAAAGAAAAGAAGCCGCUCUGUUGCCUUCAACUAGCCCAAGUUUGCGAGCAUUGCAGUUAUCGAAACGCAAGAGAUUAUCAAUGGCAGAACAAAACUAUCAUUUUGGCAGCGGAUUACGCUUCGAACGGUAUUUAUAACUUCAUAAUACCAUUGAGGGCGCACUUUCGAUCCAAAACGUCGCUCAAUCCGAUAAUUCUUUUGUUGGAACGCAGACCGGAUGUAGCGUUCUUAGAUGCUGUGUCGUAUUUUCCGUUAGUAUAUUGGAUGUUGGGAUCCAUAGAUUGUUUAGACGAUCUACUUAGAGCUGGAAUAACUCUUGCCGAAAACGUAGUGGUUGUAAAUAAGGAAUUGUCGAAUUCUGCAGAAGAAGAUUCUUUAUCAGAUUGCAAUACUAUUGUAGCAGUACAAACAAUGUUCAAAUUCUUUCCCAGCAUCAAAAGUAUAACUGAACUAUCUCAAUCGUCAAAUAUGAGAUUUAUGCAAUUUAGAGCUCACGAUAAAUAUGCUCUGCAUCUUUCAAAAAUGGAAAAAUUAGCAUCUGCUAGCAGUACUAGAAGCUACUAUUCACAAGACUCCGAUCAAAUAUUGAGGGAAAAAGAGAGAGGCUCCCAUAUUUCUUAUAUGUUUCGACUGCCUUUCGCAGCUGGCAGCGUCUUCAGUGCAAGCAUGCUGGAUACAUUAUUAUAUCAAGCAUUUGUUAAGGACUACGUCAUCACAUUUGUACGGCUUCUACUUGGUGUCGAUCAAGCUCCAGGAUCAGGAUUCCUCACAUCGAUGCGAAUAUCAAAAGAUGACAUGUGGAUUCGCACGUACGGUCGUCUUUAUCAAAAACUCUGUUCGACUAGCUGCGAAAUUCCCAUAGGUAUCUACAGGACUCAAGAUACCUCGAUUUCGGACUCUUCUCAUGUGAGUAUGAGCCAAACAUCAUCUCCUUGGUCAUCGUGCGUGCGUGUGCCGUCGAUUGACGAGGAUCUAGGACCGGAAAGAGUAGGUGUCACUUAUCGACCCAAGGAAGGAACGAACUGUCUCGGAUGUACUAAUAGACGGACAUCGUUGUAUUCAGUUAAUGGUAACGAUGAAGCGAAAGAUAAUCAUGAUCAGCAAAUAGAAAGAGCCGAAAUAGCUAAUCUUGUAAGAUCGAGAAUGGAAAGUUUGAAUUUACCAACUAUCGACUACAACGACGUAAGCGAGAAAAGAAACAGCCUUUCUUAUGUCAUUAUAAAUCCCAGCUGCGACCUCAAGUUAGAAGAAGGCGAUAUAAUAUACCUAGUAAGACCAAGUCCGUUUUCGGCGCAAAAAACCUUCGAAAGACACAACAGCCGACGAAAAUCGAACAUAAGUUUCUGUUCCCAAUCGCUUCUCGCACAAAUGGCGAACAGUUCGCAAGCCGGAAGUCGGAGAGGUUCAGGUUUGGGUCUUAGCGGGUAUCAAUCGCCACGACCUCCACCUCUGGCUACCACGAAAUCAAAUUCAUUAUCUUUGCCCGAUAGUCCGACUGUAGCGGGAUAUCAAAGAGGUCGAUCGAAUAGUUUGCGUGUAAUCGACGAUAUUUUACUGCGUAGGUCGAAUUCUCUGAGACAAGGACUACCGAAUAUCGGAAAUUCUCGUAGAAAAAGUAGUUUAGAAGACAUAGGCUUGAGUCAUUUCAGUACGAAUUAUUCCAAUACUAUAAAGAUCGCAUUAAACGGCAGUAUUGGAUUGGAAGUGACGCCUCCAGAAGAAAACAGUCCGCCAGUAAUAAGCAGUAAUACGGCGCUAAUAAUGAAUCCGAAUAUGCCACCUCCUAUACCAUCGGUACUCACUGGCAGUACGUUAAGUCUAUCCCAAAGCGGUCUACCAGGCUCAACACCUAUUAAUAUGGGUUUCGGAGGUAUGGGUUCAUCGGCUUACGGAGAUGUAGGAGCUACUCAACAAGCUGCUCUACCUCCUAACCCCGUUACGGAUCCACAACACCUUCAAGGGACAAUAGUAUGAUACAACCUCAUGUGGGGGAGGAGAAUGGGCAGCUUGAGAAAUAAGUGGCUCUAAAUCUUCUCGCUUCCACAGUAGGAACUCUGCGACUAUAUAGAGUGUAGUGAAAGGCGCGGAGAUAAAUUUUCAUUGUGAUGGCAGCUCUGAAUGUAGAAAAUGAGAUGUUCACAGAUUCAUGCUUUUUUGAAGGAAUUUCUAUAAUAAAUAGACGAUUAGAGCAAUUUUUAACAAGGAGUUUAAAAUGUAAAUGUUCAUUUUUGUAUUCUUGAAGAGUUUUUAGAUUCUGAUUAUUGUUCUGACAUUAAUAAUCACCUACGACGAUGCCUAAAAGUAGUUUUGUCUGCAUUACCACAAGUUUCAAUUUUUGAAGAACCGGAGUUAAGAAUUUUUUAAUGCUAACUUGUUAAAAAUUGCUCAGUUUACUUAUUAAUAACAAUAAUAAUAUAUAAAAGAUCUAUCUACAUAUAUAUCUAUAAACAAAACUUGCUUACAUCUCAUUUCUUCAAUAGGUUUUUCCCCACAAUAAGAAAUGUUAGUAACAAACAUUGAAUUUUUUUCAUAAUCAUAUUUUCAAAUAAAAACCUUUUUCGGCACUAUUUACAAAAAUCUGCUAUACAUUUUGUAACACCAGUCAAUAAGUUAACUGAUCAUUACUAAAUUAAUCGUUUUUCAUUCCGUCUAAAUAAACUACAGGCUACAUUUUUCAAAAUUAGAUUGUCGUAGUCUUAUUGUGAAUUAGAAAGCAAUAAGUGUAAUUAAUCAGCAUCGGUCACAUGGCAUCCUUCCUGAUUAAUGCAUUCUUGCAGAAAGAUUCUGAAAUUUUUCCAUAACGUCAUGAAGCAUGCGCUGAGGAAUUCUCGGGAUUUCCAAUCGAAUUCUUUACUUGAGUUUUCAACUGUCCGAGGUCGUUCUUUGUAUACUUUACUUUUCAGGAAUCAUGUUGUUCAAGUUGAUGAGGGUUUUGUUUGUUGCCUCACCCAUCCAAAGAUUUUGAACAAGCUUUUCAUUUCUUCAACCAUGCCCAAAAGAGUUUCGCAGAAUUGUCGUUGUUCAUUGCUUGAAUUGCGUAAGAGUGAUGGUGCAAAUUUGAUCCUUCGGACAAACCUGUCGGAAAUUCCAAGAACGCCACUCUACCGAUGCGCUAACCUUCGCCAGUUUUUUUCCUACAGCACGCUUUCAACAUUCCCAGUUCGAACGAAUCUCGUACCACCUUUUGAUUGUUGUUUCACCGAAUUUUUUUAACUCUAUUGAAUCUCCGCACCAGUCACCGACUAAUUGCAAUCAACUUCAAAAUGAGUACGAAAAGAUGCUGAGUUGCUACAUAGUUAUCGGUUUGGCUACUGUUUCAUGACGACUGAAAUGCUUUGAAUGCCACAUUCUGUAUUUGUGAAUCACUAAAUUGUAACUAUUUAUUUAAAGUAUGUCAAAUCAAAAAACAGACAACCAAGUGACAAGUCACAUUAUUUUGAUGGUGUUAAUUUCUCCUUUUCUUCAUUUAUUUGAUUUACAAUCAAAUUACAAUUACUCUAAAUUCCAAAUUAUAAUAGAAAUUGACAUUUAAGACAUCAAUGAAGACGACCUUCAUUGGAAAAUUGCGGUUAGAUAUACUGCUGGCCUACUUUCCGGCCUUCAUUUACUGAUCAACUCGACUUGGGUUAAAUGUACGGCAAAUAUUUCUAGCUGGAUAAAUCCUCACUUUGGCAUUCAAUGUUGGGUCCUAAUUAACAGUGAUGUUUCAUAGAAAUACACGAGGCAACUGAAGUGAAUAAUACUUUACUUAAAUUAAUACAGUAAUGAUCUAAUUUCACGAUAAAAAUAUUUAUAAAAAAAAAGAGAUUAUAUCUCUAAAACAUAUUUUGUAGAAUACAUGUUUUACGAAAUUAAUGAGCAACAGUAAUUUAGCAAAUACGUCGAUAGUAGAAGACUUUCAUAAUUAUACUAAAAUAGAAAUUCAAUAGUCGGGGAUUAACCUAUAACAUGUUGCUGCUAAUUACCAUUUUUGGCCUUAUUAACUUAUCUAUCAGAAUCUUAGACUGAUAUAAUGAAUUGAUAUGUUUCGCCGGUUUUUCAACUGGUCUAGCCAAAUUUUCUUGUAAUUAUAGUUAAACCUAUCCAAAACUACUUAGGACAGUGAAUAAAAAAUUAAAACAGUUGCAGUUCCUAGAGAGAAGUAAUUUCGAGAUUUGUACGUUUAAAUUCCUACUAUCAAUAAAAUUAGUAACUAGUAUUAUGAAAAUUGAUUUAAUAGCAUUGCUGAUGGGAUCAAAAGUAGCAUAUUAAAACGAAUGUAGUAGAAACAUCGAUAUUUUUCAAUUAUCGCAAAUAAUAUGAGUCUAAUUGAUUGUAAUUAUAGUUUGAAACUGAUUUAAAAGUGAAAAAACUGUUUUCUUGUAUUAAUAUGAUUAUUGGUAUGCAUGAUUUUGUUCAUUAAAAACAAUCCGAAAGCAAUUAGGUGUUAAAAUUGACCUCGAAAAUCUGUACUUUAAGCUAUUUGAGGUUAUGUUAUCGUAAAAUAGCAUUCUGAGUUAUUUUUGAGGUUAUUACACAGCAGAUACAAAAUUUUAAAUCUUUACAUAUGAUAAAAAUGAAAAAAGAAUUUUAUAAACAAACUUAAAAACUCUAAAUCAACACCAAUAACCUUUCAUAGUUGAUGUGCUAUAUUUUUAAUUGAAAAUAUUUCGUAAUCAGUUUUGAUUCUAUUAUUACCUCAUUUUAUUUGUGGUUAUUGGAAAAAAUUGGAGAUGAAAUUGCUUUUUUCUAGGCUGUUCUGGAAUAAAAAAAAAAACUACAACAGCUAAAGCUCAAUGAUUCAAUUUAUAAAAUGAAAUUUCAUAUCAAACCAUUCACAUUAAAAAUUAACUUCCCUCUAAUGGAUAUGCACACUUUUCAGCGAUACUUCAAACGCUUGCGAAGUUUUUCUCAAUCACUAGUUCACCCUAAUUGAAAAUAAGGUUUAGGUAAUUGAUUGCCUUGAAUUUCCAUCACUACCUUGCUUUUUCACAACGUAAAGUUGUGAAUGUAAAAGGUUAUUCAUUAUAGCCCUUAACAUCGUUAUUAAAAAGUUUUUGUAAUAAUGACUUAAUUUUGUUAAUAUUCUAUUGAAAUUUCAGUAAUGUGUACAUUUUGAAAGAUAUUGUCAGAAAAUUAUAUUUAGAAACGAAAUUUUCUUCAAUCCACUUCCAUUUCAGUUUUCCGCUCCUACUUAAUUCUCUUCUCCUUUCAUUUUUCCUCUUUUUGUUUUACGAUUUCAUUUUCUUCUCCAUUUUCUUCUACUGUUCUUAUUCCUUUUUCUUAUAAUUUUUUAUAUAAACCCAAACUUUUUUCUUUCUCAUCUGUUUUUUUCAAUUCCUUUUUCAUUAUAUUUGUCUUUUAAUAUUCCUACUGUUUUUGUUUGUGUUUAUCAUUAUUUCUCUCUCGUCUCCGUUUCUUUUUGUCUUAUUUGUUCUAUUACCUAUUUCUUUUUGUCUCCUUUUCUUUUUAUUUACCGUUCAUUCUUAAUUCUGUUUCACUUUCACUUAUUUUUUCUAUUCUCUCUCUUUUUUUGUUCAUACUUUUGAUUCAAGUUUCGUUUCUUUCUCUAAACAAUUUUAAUACGGAAUGAGAAGAAUUAAUCAUAACGAAUACGAUAGCUUAGUAAUUUUGUCAAAUUGAUUUGUUCUAAAUUGAAUUCGUUAUGAACACGAUAACCUUGUACAUUCAAACUUGUUAUUAAAAUAAAAUUUAUUCUUGCCUACCCAAAUUCUAUAUAUUUUGAAAACGAUUACAAACAAUUUUUGAUUAAAGCUUCGCAUCUUCAAUUAUCGAUAUGAAAGCUUCAUUUUGUACAUUACAUUUAUGUUUGUAAAUAUGAAUAUUAGUAUUUUUGAGAAAAUUUCUUCCACGUGACAACCCUAACAUAAGGGUUCACCAGUACAUUCGUUCAGGUAUGUUGAAUGCGGGAUCAAAUAUUGUAGUUAGAGAUUUUAAAUUUUGGGUAUCUACCUCCUUUAUUUGGAGUUGUUUCUUAUGAUUCAUAUGCCUGUUCGUCACUAGUUUUCAAAAUAGAUAAGUUUCCAUAAUUGCAAUCAAACACACAUUUUUAUUAAUAUAUAAAUUACACUACACUAUGAAAAUUCAAUUUAAUCAAAGAUGCAGUAGAAACUUUUAUACAUAAUUUUUUUGAUUUUGAAAAAAAUUUAAAACAAAUAACCAAAAAUUUAUUUAAAUCAGCAGGAUUUUUACAAUUAGAAGUGUCCUCGUCCUCCGUGUUGUUGUUUCUGCUUUAUCUUUCUUCUUCCAUUUUCCUUUUCUUAUCUAUAACUUUUUAUAGUUUUCGUUUCCCUUUUUUCUUUCUUUUUAUACCCUAUUCUUACUUUAUCUGUCUCCUUUCUAUGUUUUUUUUUUCAUUUUCUUCAUACUCUUUUUAUUUUUCCAGAUUUUUCUGUUUUUUUUUUAAUGUUUUCAUUUUUAUUUUUCCGAAUAUAAUUAAAUGGACAUAAUUAUGAAUCUACUAGAAACGUCUCUUUUUUGAUGUUAGCUGUAAAUAGUUAAGAGAUGUGAUAUCAAAUCAAUUUGAUCUUACACACACCAGUGGGUACAUUAUGGUACCAAUAAUUCAAAUGCACACAACACUUGAAAAAUUUAUAUCCAAUUCGAUAAUUAUGAAAAUGUUAUUGGAAUUGUGUCAUUUUUUUUUUAUUUUGUUAAUGUUUCAUUGCAAUUAUUAACGCCAAAAAACAAAACUCUUUUGAGGUUAGGUUAUGAAAUUCUCAAUCAAGAAUACAAUAUGAAAAAUAACUCCAAUAUUCAUAAUUAUUUUGAGCUAAUCCAGAGCAAAAAAAGUAAUAAAUGUGUAAAAAUAUAAUAUAAAAAGUUUGUUGGCGUGAUUAAUAAUCAUAAUCACAAAUUUCGUACACUCAAAAAAAUAUUCUUUGUACAUUAGUAGAAAAGCACAAUUCCAAUAUUUUUGAAAGCGUAUCUCUUGAAAUUCUAACAAUUAAAAAUUAAUAAAAAACGAAAUUACUAAAUCUUAUAAAGUCGAUAAAAUUAUACCCUGCAUAAAUUAUAAAAGUAAAAAUUUUUACUCAUUUUUUGCUAUGUAGAUUAGAUGAAACCGUCCAAUUAAAUGAUAUACAUAUAUAUAUAUAUAUAUAGGAUGUUUCAUAAUUAAAGUUCAUAAACAGGAGUAGACUAUUAGUUGCAAUGUUCAUAUCUACUUGGAGAUCCGAGUUGGUUGAAACUUACAGACAAUACAAAAAUAUAAAUUUCCAAAAAAAAAAACAUUCCAACAAAUUCUAGAAGGAAAUGGAAGUAACUAGCAUUAAGAGAAUAUAUUUUUAAAUCAUGUCAAAAAUGAAUUUGAAAAAUCUUAUAAUUGUAAAGAUGAAUCAAUCAGGGUCAAAAUUCAGUUUGGCAAUCUUAAACUCCCAAAAACUAUUAAUUUACUAUAAAUUUUCUAGUAGUAAUUUUGUUUAUUCGUUUAUGGACAAAAAUAUGAGACAUUCACUAACUUGUGUACAUAUCUGAACUUGAAGAUGAGCUAUAACUUUUGUAGAGUAAAGACUGCGGUGUGGUCCAAUAUUUUCAAAAGAAAAAAAUAUGUACACUUAUACAUAUCCAUUCAAAAUGGAAAAAUACUAUAUUUUUCUAGAUAAGGUUAUGUUAUUUAUUUAUUGAAAACGUUUUCGAUAGGAAGGAGUCACAAAAAUAUUUAUUAUUUCUUAAAAUAAAAAAAUAAUGUAAUAAUAACAUUUUAUUUCUUAUUUCCAAAGAGAAUGUAUUCCAUAUAUUUCAGAGAACUGAUUCAUGUCUCUGAUUUAUUUGUUCAAAAGUUUCACUGAUGUUUCCACCACAAAAUUAAAGUUAAAAUAUGUGUCUGUCACAUUCUUCUUCACUAAAUUUUGAACAUUUAUAUAAAGACCGUUGGUGUAUUAAAAUUUCACACAUUUCGUUUGAUUUGAGUUAGUAAAGCUUUCAUUUUUUUUUUUUAAUUAUCAAAAAGUUACUAGCUUAUUAUUUAUUUGGUUUCAUUUACUUCCUUUAAGUAUUUUUUUAAAAGUAAACACAAAUUUGAUUAACUUAUUAACCUUGGAUUAGGGUAUUUAUUAAGAAUGUAAACACACUGUUGGUCAUAGAUCUAGAAACGGAACUAGAUAGGUAUUUACACAUGAAUAUUCACACAUAAAUCAUAUGAAAAUUGCAAUAAUUAACAAAAAAUUUUUGUUUACUAAUUAAUACUUUGAAUCGAACUGAAGAAAGAAUUUUAUGAAAUCAUGUCAAGUAAAUAUUGAAACUUGAAGGUUUUGUAUAUAUAAAUAAUUGUGUGCCUUCUUUCAAUCAAGAAGCUUUGACUAUUGCUUUAAAUAUUGAUAACUAUCAUAAGUGAAAACGUAACUGGUAGAUAAUAGCUGUAAAAUACAUGUACAUUACAUCUAGUUUAAAAUGUAUUAUUACAUCAAAGAAUUAUCAUCAUGUAUAUUCGAUCCAAUAUUUAGGGAUAUUAAAUGAUUAUACGAAAUUGUGAUAAGUAUAAAAAUAUUAAUACUGCAAAAAGGGCAUGUAAUUGUUAAAAUGUGCACGUUCUAAAUUUUAUAAUCCAAAGACAAAUAAUAUUGAUUUUUGUUGAAAGGAUACAUAAAAAUUUUAUUAUGAUUUUUAGGAAUACACCGAAACGUCUGGUAAUAUUUCCUGGAUUCUCUUGACAUUUAAAAUAUUUCCAAAUAAUAAUUUCAGAUACUAGAUAAUUGUCGAGAGAACACUAUUUUACUACUUUCUUUACUGGAUAUAUUUUAAGCUAGAUUGAAAGAUUCAAUUUCAAAAAUUUUAUUAAUGCUUGAUAUCCUUUAGAUAUAUAUAUAUAUAUAUUCGAUAUAUAGCAUAUUAGGGUAUUAAAGAAUAUCGUUGAAAAUACUUAAAAACGUACAUUUGGCAUACAUGCACGAACAUUUUAUUCAUCUUCAAUAGAGUGGAAGAAUCUUUAAUACGCUUACAUUUCAUUAAUUGUAAAGUACUGUCAAUAGCACAUUAUAUACAUUGUAUUUUC